AAACAACAAAAGAACCUUAGCUUCCAACACGUUGCGUGCUGCUCAAGAAACCCAUCUUGUCAAAUCGAUUUGCCUCUUCCUUUUCGAUCCUAGGAAUGGCCCAAGAAAAGAGCAUCGAAGAGCUUAAAUCCAUGAGGGAACUGUUGAAGGGUGAGAUCGAGAAAUCCGAAGCGUUUUCCUCUGCAUUGAACAGAACAGAUUCAAGAUUGAAGCAGAUAAAUCACGAGCUGGGAUGCUUCGAAUCCGAAGCUAAACGACAGAAAUGGCGAUUCUCGUCUUUUUCAGACAGUAUCUCUCAUGUUACCACACCCAUUUCCGCUGUUCUCCGGGUCCUCGUUACAGUUCGCGAGCUCGAGAAAUCCCUCUCGUCGUCUGAUCAUCGCUCUCGCCUCCUGAGUUACAUUUCGGAUGUUAAAUAUCUCGGAGAAUCGAUGAGAUUCCUCUCUGAAAGCUGCCUUCUUGCAGUCAACUGGCUCGAAGAGACUAUCGAGUUUCUUAUCGAAAAUGGAAUGCCUGAAGAUCAUCCCUGUCUUCUGCAGUUCAGGAAACCGAUAAAACGUUUACGAAAGUUGCAGAGGAUCGAAGCUAAUGCUCGUUGCAGCAGAGGGAUUCUUGCCAUGUCAUUCGAGAAUCUCGAGAUGGAGUUCGAACGGAUUCUCAAAGACGAAAACGCAUUUCGAUUCCAGGUUUUGGAUGUGAAUAACCUGAGAACGUUGCAGGCUUUGAUCAAUACAUUAAGCUCUAACAAACGGUUAACGCGCUGUGUAUCCGUUUAUGUUGAAUCCCGAAAAAAGUCCGUUCAGGGACGGUUCGAAGCUCUCAGGACAGACUAUCUCGAGAAAACGAUCACAGAAUUCGAUAACGUCGAAGACAUCGAGGAUUAUAUCGAUAAAUGGAAGCGGGAUAUGGAUAUCGCGGUGAAAGAUGUGUACGAUUUCGAGCUCAGGCUCUGCAAUCAAGUCUUUGAAAAAGCUGGCGACGACGUUUCCUCGAGAUCGUUCGGGCAAAUAGCUUCGGAUUCGGGAAUCCUUCGCCUCCUUGGAUUCGGAAUGAGAAUAACAGAAUGCAAGAAACACCCUUCGAAGCUUCUGAAACUCUUAGACGUUUUCUGCACAAUGGAUAAGGUAAGAGUCGAUUUCAACCGUCUUUUCGGAGGCCAAAACUGCUCUGAAGUCCGCGAGACCACACGGGAAUUCAUCCGCGGAAUCGUGGGUCGGGCCGUCGAAAUAUUCUGGGAGUUACCAUAUCAGGUUGAGUUACAGAGGCAGAGUUCUCCUCCUCAUGAUGGUAGUGUUCCAAGGCUUGUGAGCUUUGUCACCGAGUAUUGCAAUGAACUGUUCGGGGAUUGCUAUAAGCCGAUCUUGAAGAAGAUUCUCGAGAUAGAUUUUAGCUGGAAACACGAAAAUUUCAACGAAGAUCUUCUCACUGGUCACAUCUACAAUGUAAUGAGAGAGAUUUCGUUGAAUCUGGAUACGUGGGCAAGAUCCUACAAAGAUGCAGAGCUUUCGUACAUCUUCAUGAUGAACAAUCACUGCCAUUUCUGCAGUCUGGAAGGGACUUUUCUCGGGAAAACGAUGGGUGAAUCCUGGGUGAGAGCUCAUGGACAAUACCGAGAUUAUUACGCUGCUUUAUACGUGAACGAAACUUGGGGAAAGCUUAUAAAUCCUCUGAAAUACGAAACUCGAGCUUUCUCAGCGUCCAAACGUGCUCGGGAAUCGAUCAAGAGAGCGUUAAAAGCGUUCUCCGAAGAGUUUGACGAGAUUUACACGAAGCAAUCGGAUUGGAUUAUCGAGGAUGAAGGCUUGAGAUUGAAGAUAUGUGAGGCUGCGAUGAAAACCCUAAUGCCAAUUUACAAGAAUUGCUUGCAGGAUCCGAAGAUGAUGAUUCUGGUUGAAGAGGAGGGCCUUUGCGUGAGGUACACGUCAACGGAAUUGGAGACAAAGCUGAAGAACAUGUUCCAGAACAAGAGAGGAACUAGUUUAAGGUAUUCUGGGUUUGUUCGUAAAGUGAUGGGCUCCGAGAUUUGCAAGAAAAACACUCACAUUACAUUAGCAGCUAUGUAACCGGUUCGAUUCAAACCGAAAAAAUAAAAUUAUAUUUCGGUUCA